UCUGUGUUUGUUUCCAAAUGAGAUUGACAUACAGCGGAUGGCUCUGUGACGGGACUGGGUGGAGGACAGGGGGGGAAGUGGUGGCGCAGCAAUGAACAGUGAGCUUAGCUGAAGGUGUUGUUGCCUGACCAGAAGUCUUAGAACAAAAGAGGAAAUCUAGGUCCUUCAAGAGCCUUAUCACUUUUAAUAGAAAAAACAAAAACUACUUAACGAGGCCUCGAGUUUUAACGGUUCACAAUAGGUAAAGAAAAGUCAUUUUAUGUUCAACUUGGUGCUGAAAGACACUUCUUGGUCCAGAUCUGUGACAUUUGCAUAUGCGCAAGCAUACAUGUACACCCACCUUUAUUUCACACCUUGUAAGGUUCAUCUUAAAAUAUCAUGGAAAGAGGAUUUCUAGCAGUAACAAUAUUGUGCAAUAUCGACAAAUUAAUGAGUGCACAGUGUGAACAUUUUUAUGAUUCAUGACUUAGUUUAGAUAAAGUUGCAUUUUUUCACAAUCUUAAAGUUUCAAUUAUAAUUGUUUUCUACUUCUGCAUUCUAUAAUAUAUCAAUAUAUAAUUUGUAUAUCACUACAGUUAAAGUGUUAAUUAGCAUUGCUUGGUUUUUUUGUUUUUGUUUAUAGGUCUUACAUCCCCAAAGAGCCUCAAAUGUAAAUGCAGGCACUUAGUUUUGUGGCACAGACUGGGUAAUAAAACAAAUUUGUUCUCGACUAAAUGGACAUCAUAAUGCACAGGGGGAUACACAGAGUACUGCAUGCAUAAAGAUGGACUAAUAAAUACAUGUUGACAGAUAUAUAAGUUGACUCAGGAUGCACAAAGGACUCCAUGCAGAAUAGCCCCCCACCCUGGGCUAGUCCUGUUCUGUCUCCCUGUCAGGGGAGUGGAAACAACAAAAGACACCCUGCAGUAGUAGAGAUCUAACAUUGGCACUCGAAGCAGCUGGCGGGCUGUCUUCUGUAAUUUUAGCGCACACUGAUGCAGAGGAAAGAUUUAAUGGGCAUUGGUCGGCGAACCCUCUUGUGAGGGCGUAAAGGAAACAGAGCAGAGAGGGAGGGGAGCACAGCGAGAGGACAGUGAGGAGAGAGAGGCAGCGUGUCAGGGCGGCCGAGGCUCAGAAAUAAAGUCGGGAAACUAUCUGGAGCAGCAUGACUCUUCUAACACUUGGACUGUAUCUGCCACUGUGGUUUUAUUAUGGCCUGGCUCAAGCCUCUUUUCUGGACAGCUUGAUGUCAUUCCCAGUGGCUCUCGGCGUCCCGGAGCAGCAGAAGAGAUUCAGCCCGUGCUGUUUACUGAACCCGCCUCCACCCCCACUGUUUCCUCCACCCCCUUCACUUUGGCGCCGCCAUGUUCAUAAUGAAGACAUUUCAGAGCAUGGUGGUAACUCAGAGGACAAAGGUUCUGCCUGUGUCCGAGGCCCCAGCGGGCCUGCCGGUCCCUCUGGUCCUCAGGGUCCACCUGGAUUACCUGGGAUAGAAGGGCCUAAGGGAGAAAAGGGAGAAAUCGGAAGACCUGGGCAAAAGGGUCGAACAGGUAUUCCUGGACUUCCUGGGAAACGGGGACCAGCUGGGUGGCCUGGACCAAGUGGGCCCAAAGGUGACAGAGCUGACCCGGGGCUGAUGGGUUUGCCUGGAGCCAGAGGACCAAUUGGGCCAAGGGGUUUACCCGGGUAUAAAGGGGGAAAGGGUCCUCGAGGGGAUCGCGGUGAGAGUGGAGUGAAAGGAGACAAGGGUGCGACGGGUUUCCCAGGAAUGCUUGGACAGAAAGGAGAAUUGGGUCCAAAAGGAGAACACGGGAACUCAGGAAACAGAGGACCCACUGGCCGACCAGGGAAGAGAGGCAAGCAGGGAGGUAAAGGAGACGUGGGUAGCGUCGGUCCGAUGGGACCUGCCGGUCCACAGGGAACUCCAGGCCACCCUGGUCCUCCUGGCUCACCCGCCACAGGACUAUACAUGGUUGGAACAAAGGGUGGGCGUGGUCCACCAGGGCCUCCUGGGAAGUGUAGCUGUGGCUCUCUCAGUAAUUCUCCAUUUGACUAUUAUCCUUCCAGAGGAAACUAUCCCAAAGUACCAGCGAUAUUCGUUGUAAGCAACGAGGAAGAACUAGAGCGCCUUCACACAGAAAAUGCUCUCGCAUUCCGCAAAGACCAGAGAUCUCUCUAUUUCAAAGACAUCGACGGCUGGCUGCCGAUCCAGGCUUUUCCAUUCCAGUCGACUCCGUUUCAGUCCAUGGAAAAUGCUCCUGAUGAUGACAGUUACUGUGGCGACGGGAUUGUGCAGAUUUCCACUCGGGAGGAGUGUGACGACAGAAACAGAGUCGUCACUGACGGCUGCAUCAAGUGUAAACACGCCUACUGUGGAGAUGGGUACCGCUAUGAGGGGGCCGAGGAGUGUGAUGGAAAGGACUUUGGAUACCAGACAUGUAAUUCAUAUCUUCCAGGGUCAUACGGUCACCUCAAGUGCACUCCGCACUGUGUUAUUGACUCCACAAACUGCAAGUACUUCACUUGAGGAGGAAGCUGGACAGUGCAGUGGGAUCCUCUGUGUGUUAUUUUGAAUAUUUCCAUGCAAAAAAAAGAACAAUAAUGCUCCAAGCAAGAGACUCUGAAGGUAAAGGCAACCAAUGAUUCUAUGAUGAAAGAAAAAAGCUAAACACAUAUAUAUGCUAUAUAAAACUCCUCUGUAUUGUUGUUGGAGUGUAGUCGGUCAGUGAAGGUGAACGAACACUUACAUAGGAAAUGCACAGGACAAUUGCACUCAGUCUUAACAAGCAGGACUUGAGACUGGCCUCCUCACCACGAAUCAGCCUCUGGAUGCCACAGUUGUGUGACAGCCUUGCAGAGACUUCAUUAAGUGCCAGUGGGAGAUGUUACAGAGGAGCAGUAGCCGGGCCAGAGGCGUAUUAAUCUGGACCCGGAGACUGUUGAGAAAGAUAGGCAGUAGGACAUCCAGAGCCAUGGCCUCAGGUAUUCUAAUGCAGCAGCAAUAACGGCAUUUGCAUGAGGCUGGGAUUACUGAGACCAUGACAGCAGCUGUCACUAUCCAAGCAUGUAACCCAUCACCUUACCUAUUAUUGCCACAACAAGGCUCGUACUGCGUCUCAAUAUAACAUCAAGAAUUUCAUUUAGUAAGUAGUCGUAAAAGCUCAAUAUGCGUGGUUAGGAAUGGAGCUCGAGGUGCAUGGAUUAUACACGUGUAAUAUUUCAGUGAGACUGUUACACCACGAGACCGACUUGGCCGGAUCAGCUUGUGGUGGUGCUGUGCUUGACCGGGGCAUUCAGUCCGGACAACGUUUCAUUAACCCCCAAAACUUCUCAGGAACCAACAGGUAAUGUAGCUCCACACAGCAACUUUCCCAGGCAACCUCCCCAAAUACUCAGAUGACACGGCAGUGACUGUACGCUGAAGCACACAAGUUUCCUCCCUGUGAUUCUGUGUGAAAUGAAAUUUACUGUAUAUGAAGGCUUGAAACUGUUAUGUUCUUAAUUGUAUCACUGCACAGGAAAGGGUGGGAUAGUCUGCACCUGCUAAAGGGGGGAGGGGGGGGGAUUUCAAUUCCAGUCUGUUUGGCCAUCAUUACUACAUUUACUCUAAUACCUCUUUAUUCAGUCUUUCUGUCUUACAGUACAUACAACAACAGAGAAACUCAACAGUGAACUUAACAGUGUAGGUGUGUAGUCUGCUGUGUUUGCCACUAAUGGCGAAAAUGACUUUGCCGAUAUAAGCUGACCUUUUCCAUAAGCUACCGUAUGAGUCGCUGUGCCAAGGGAGACCUGUUCUCAGUAUUAGAUGUCGUCAGGUGUUAUAAAGUGAUUCUUCUGUAAAAAGAAAGAUAAAGACUGUUAAUUACAUUGUCUCUGCAUGCUUGUGAUACAGUGCUAAUGGGUGUGAAACACUUCUGCUUUGUUUUGUAAACCAUGGCAUCUUCAGAGAUAUCAUCUUGCUCUGCUGCCCAGAGUGAAGCAAAGUUCUGUAUGUAUAACAGCGCGCAUAUGAUGGUGAUGAACUGUGCCUUGCACAAAGCUCACAUGCCUUUUGGAAAGUACGGUGAAUGUUUUGUCUGUGGCCUGUGCUGCUGUGUUAUAUCCUGGCCUGUGUAUGCACAACAUAACAUGCAUGUGGUAACGUACUGUGAGGCUUUAUGAAAUAGAGUGUGCACUGUGACGGAUUCGUGGACGUUCUUUUUGUUUCGUUGCUCAGAUAUGAUUUAUACAGUCGUUGGUGGAUACUUUUAAAAAUAAAUAAAAAUGGGAAUCUAAAUCCUUCCAACAUCUCA